UCUAAAUCUGAAAUCUCUUGUUAGAAGACGAGAUUCUCAUAGAAACACUAGUAAUAUAAAUUCUGCUGCCUAUAGCUGCCUAAAUAGGCAGCCGUUCGCCUGCAUUUGCUACAUCGUGGGAGUAGUAUAAGAAGAUUGAUGAAUGUUGGCGAACAAGACGAAAGAUUCCAAGCUUCAGUCUCACACGAACUUUUCUUAUUCCAGCAGCCCCUGAGCGUCAUCCUUCCUCACCGUCGUCAUCAUGCAUAAAGGCACAUCCGCAGACCAAUUCUUCCAAACCGAUGCCGAGCAAGCCAAGAUAGAAAGACGGGCGGCGAAGGCUGGCAACAAGAAUGGAAACCCCAUUGUAUUGAAAUCAAAGUUGUUGGCUGCUAUACCAGAUCCCACUAGUCCAUCAUCUGUCUUCGUCGCGGAGUCUGCUGGCUCUGUUCGUAGAGUAAACGUUGAUACAGGGGACACAAAGCAUGUAUUCAGAGGUCCGUCAGCACCGGUAACGUGCGUUGCCAUCGGCGGGCCUGGGAACCAAACACUGUUCGCCGGCUCUUGGGAUAAGGAUGUCUGGUCCUGGAACCUAUCAUCCAAGACACCAGGUCGCAAAUACAGUGGUCAUACAGACUUCGUCAAGGCCGUCGUGUCCACCAAGCUUGGUGGAAAGGACUGCUUAAUAAGCGGCGGUGCGGACAAGAAAAUCAUGGUUUGGGAUAUUGAGACGGGAUCUCGUCUUCAUGUAUUGCAAGACCAGGCCGUGUCGAUGAUGGCUAUUCAAGACCUCGUCAUUGAUCCAGUGCAGUCAGGUCCUGAUGAGGUCAUACUCGUCAGCGCAAGUAGCGAUCCCCAUAUCCGUCGAUGGCGAAUUCGGCUGGACGGUUUCGAACAGAUCAAAGAGGCAUCACCUGAUGAGCCUGGUGCUGUACGGCAUACCAUCUUGGAGCACGAUACCACGGUAUACAAGGUGGUAUUCGAUAGUGAAGGUGAAGAAGUCGACCUAUGGACAUCAAGUGGGGAUGGUACAGCUAAGUGUCUAUCACGUCUCAAGGGCUUUGCUACCGACGAUUCUAUCCAUCAUGGUGACCAUGUACGAGCUGUCGCUGUGACGGAUCAAUGGAUCAUCACCGCUGGGAGAGACGAGGAUAUCAAAGUCUGGAAUCGCUCGUCGGGGAAACUUUAUAGCACUUUGGAGGGCCAUUACGACGAGGUCACCGACUUAGUCAUUAUUGAAGGAGGUAGAAGAAUCGUUUCUGUUUCUAUCGAUGGUACCGUACGGACAUGGUCACUUGACCAGGUCGAGCUCGACAAGAUCAACAAGGAAAAAGAAGACAAGGCUAAGGGUAUCGAGGAGGAAACCCCAGCUGAACCAGAGAAGGGGUUAAUGACCGCUGAGGAAGAAGCUGAACUCGCUGCAAUGAUGGAAGAUGAUGAUUAGCUAGCCAACGUCUACGUCCUUGGGCAGAAUGCCCCAGACUAGUUUAGUACCAGGUAUCAAUCUGAUUGCUGGAGCUAAUGCUGAAGAAAUGCGAAGAGAAUGAGACACGCAUAAACAACCUGCGUUCCUGGAAUCCUUCAUGUAUAGGGCUAAAGAUAUGCGGCUGUCGGCCGUACGAGCGGGAGGCUAGUCUCACCUCGAAGAACCUUGGAAAUGAAGGCACGUGUGAAGUUUGGUGGGUUCGACAACGCGAAUAGCUCGACGAAUGUCUCCUGAAACUUUAAUCUCGUCCUACCCGUUCGAGUUCCAGUUGUCUGACCUACACCGAACGCCCAAAGGGUUACAGAGUAUGAGAUAGAAAUAGAGACAAUCAAAACUUCUGUCAGGUCGAGGCGCCCCUUAAUAUAAUUUCGGUAUUCCC